AUAUUUUUUGGCUGACGAUGAGUAGCGAAGAGAAGACUGAACAUUAUCAGUUUUGCCAGAAUCCUUUGAUUUUUCUGAACUGAUUCUUGAGAUUUAUGCUCUGUUUUUACAUCUUUCCUAAAUAUGCGAACAAAUUGUUAAGUUUUUCGUAGCAAAAACCUUUUGACCAUGUUCCUCUCGCACGCUGGAAGUCGUGGUGUCACUGCACCUAAAGCUUUGUGGCGCUUUCGGUCUUGUCAGAAACGAACGAAGUUUUCUGAUAGUUUUAAAGAAAUUUAUGCGUGGAAAAAUAUGAGAAAUCGCCCUACUGCGCAGAGCGAAGGAAACUUGCAAGUGGAAGCCAAAGCGGCUGAGCUUACGCUGGACACGGUGUACCAUUUGGAGCAGUUAUCGCUAGUCAACUUCAGCAACCAGGCUGCCAUUGAGCGUCUCGCUUCGGCAAUCCGCUAUGCUAACCGGCUACGAGAUGUGGACAUAUCGGGAGUGAAACCGCUUUAUUCCUUGCUGGAGAACGAAACACUGGAUUUGCGACCAGAUGAAAUCACUGAAGGAAAUCAACGAGAGGAUGUACUGCGAAACGCAAAGAUAACUAUGGAGCAUUAUUAUUUAGCGCCGCCUGGCAAUAUCCCUGUGGAACAGACGCACAAGUAUGAUCCGCUGCAACUGUCAUCUCCUGUUCCGGGGGCGGAAGACUCAGAACAGAAAGGAGAAUCAUCAGUACGGAGGCCUGCAGCGACAUCCGUAGAAAUGAAAAAAGUCCGACGAAAAGCGUGAAAGCGGAUAUGGAAUGUUUGUUUUAUUGUUGUAGUAUUGACGUUGUCAGACGCCUGCGUUCUCUCUGACCACAGUGACCAGCAACACUGCGCUUGAACUGAAUCAGUGUAGUACUAUAAAUUUAAGUUGUGAGGAUUUUGGUUAUGGUUGGGGACUUGUGGUUAUGCAAAGCAAAAUAUAUUUCCGACAUUUUUCAUUUUUGCAGCUUGCAGUGCGGUUUGUCAAGUGUUAAAAUAGGCGUUGUCUAUUUAAGUAGGUACAGUUCUACUCGUAAUUCAGCCUUGUGGUAAACAAUUACUACAAA